GAAUAUUCACCCAAAGCAGAAAAAAACAUCAUGGCCGCUGCCGUAGUACGAGGCAUUGGCUCUAACCUUGCUAAAAACCUUCGAGAGCUUCGUCUACAUUUGUGCCAGACAUCGCCUGCGAGUCAAGGAGCAAGGGAUUUUGUGGAGCAGCACUAUGUGGAACUGAAGAAGGCAAACCCCACAUUCCCCAUCCUCAUCAGGGAGUGCUCAGGUGUUCAGCCUAAGCUUUGGGCAAGAUAUGAUUUUGGUAAAGAGAGCAGUGUGGCCCUUGACAAUAUGAACGCUGACCAAGUGGCUAAAGCGCUGGAGACAGUUGUGAAAUCAAAAGCAUGACCAAUCCAGCUGCCCCGAAGACAGUGAUUUUGUAAAUUUACAUGUGUAUCACAUCUCUAUUGCUGUUUUAAUAAAUCUGAGUACUAACUUGUGACAA